AUGGCUUGCUGGUGACCGGUUCCACACGUCGCGGGCCCAUAAACGAGAAAAAACCAAGAGCAAACAGAGCUCACCAUCUCCAACUAAUUUUUUUCCCCCAUUAAAGUAACUACAGUAAAAGUCACGAACACCCAAAACAUUGAAAAACACCCCAAAAGAAGAAGUUCAAAACCUCAACAGCAUUCACCAAGAAAAUUAUAAACCCAGUAUUUUGGUUGGAAUAUAUUUCAUGCUCUCUGUAUUUCUCUCUUAAAGUUGUUAUUCAUACAAAAACUUUACAACUUGGAAACUCCUUGAUCAGCUUUUAUUAUGCUGCUAAUCAGGUGAAUAACUAUGUGAUGUAGAAGAUAGAGGUCAUAAAUUGCAGCAGAAAGAUAUGAGGUGUAGCUGUUUUGGAGGACCAAGUGUAGAUAAAAAAAGAGGGAGUGCUGCCGAGACUCUCCACGGUAUACAUGGUGAUUUGCUUAAGGAUGUUAACCAUAUAUCUUACAAUGAAUUAAGAUCAGCAACAGAUAACUUCCAUUCAAGCAAUAAGAUAGGACGGGGAGGUUUUGGCGAUGUUUACAAGGGAACCCUCAGGAGCGGAAUACAAGUUGCUGUAAAGACACUUUCCGCUCAAUCAAAGCAAGGUGUACGGGAAUUUUUGAAUGAAAUCAAAACGAUAUCAAACGUUAGGCAUCCAAAUCUUGUUGAGUUGAUAGGGUGCUGUGUUCAAGGAGCAAACCGGAUUCUAGUAUAUGAAUAUUUAGAGAAUAACAGUCUUGAUCGUGCUUUGUUAGGUUCAAGGAGUACAAAUAUUAGACUAGAUUGGGGAAGGAGAUCUGCUAUUUGCUUGGGUAUUGCUAGGGGUCUUGCUUUCCUUCAUGAAGAACUGGUACCACAUAUCGUGCAUAGAGACAUCAAGGCUAGCAAUAUACUUCUUGACAAAGACCUCAACCCAAAAAUUGGAGACUUUGGGUUGGCUAAACUGUUCCCAGAUAAUAUCACCCACAUUAGCACAAGAAUAGCUGGAACAACUGGUUAUUUGGCACCAGAAUAUGCAUUGGGUGGUCAGUUAACCAUGAAGGCUGAUGUGUACAGCUUUGGGGUUCUUAUCCUUGAAAUAAUUAGUGGCAGAAAUAGUACAAAGCCAAGCUGGGGAGGGAUGGAGAAGUUACUCCUAGAAUGGGCAUGGCAGCUUCACGAAGAAGGGAGACCCUUGGAACUCGUGGAUCCAGAGAUGGGAGAAUUCCCCGAGGAAGAAGUCAUUAGGUACAUUAAAGUUGCCUUUUUCUGCACCCAAUCAGCAGCAAACCGAAGGCCACUCACGGGCCAGGUUGUUGACAUGCUUUCGAAGCAAAUCCGGCUAAAUGACAAGCUACUCACCGCUCCAGGUUUCUUCCGAGAUUCAGAUAGCGCUAGUGGGGGACCUUCUUCCAUGAAAAAAUCAUCUACCGACUCUACUAGCUACCAGAUGAGCUCUGUUCCGGUAACAAUCACCGAGGUGACUCCCAGAUGAAGGAUAACCUUGCAUUUGCUACUUAGCAGCAAGCUCGGGAAAGAAAUGAUGGAGGUGGAAAACAAAGAACUAGUUGCUAGGGAACACACUUAUUUCAUUACCGUUAUCAUUAGUUACGGAUACAUGGUUCAUUUGUAGGAAGAGGAACACAGUUUAUGCCCAAUUGAAGUGGCAAAUUUAUAUUGUUGUAGCAAAUGUGUUCAACAUGCAAUUAUGUGUUGCGUUUUUGAUGA